CCCCCAUCGAAAAGAGGUUUAGCAGCGCAUAUGGCAUAUUUUAUGGGUUUUGUGGAUAUCAAAGUUAGUGCGUUAUCUUACGUCCAUAAGGGCUGUUUGAAAGCUACUCCUACUGUAUCAAGACCUUUACAGUCAAAUAACUUACACAACAAGGGUAGAUCUCAUAUGUUAUUUCGUGGAAAAACUCAGAGACACGACAGGCGUUACCUGUCUUGGAAUUACUGUUGUCUUGCUAACAAAGAAGAAGAAAAGAACAAGGAUUCACAGUUGGGUGAAGAAAGAAGCGAGCCUUUAUCGACAGACCAACAAGAAGCAAACUCCUAUUCAAAUGGUACCAACAGGGCUCCUUCCUUUGCUCUUCCCACUAUCGAAGGAACCGUUGAGCCUCGUUUAUCUCUUUAUUCACCACAAGCUACACUUUCAGAAGAAGAACGUCUAGCUCGUAUUAGAGAAAUCAGCAACUUACCAGAAGGUACUUUUGAGUUGGAAUGGAACAAAGUGGAACAACUAUCCCAAUUUUACGAAGAAACGCAUCCUUGGCCAGCCUUUCUAAGAGCAACAGUAUACGAGCGUUACGAUCGAUUUGAACAAGCUGUCGAAGAAAUGAAUCAGAGUAUUAUGAGUGGUUUGAAUUUACCAGAUCCGUUGGAACGAAGGGCUUCCCUAUUUCUUCGAAUGGGACGAUGGAAAGAAGCAGUUGAGUCGUUUGAUGAAGCUAUCGUGUUGAAUAUAUACGGUUUGGGGAACGAGUUGAGUAGUUUACAUCAAAUUAGGGAAGAGAUCGAACCUUAUUUACCAGAGUGGUCAGGUCCUCCAUUGAACAUCCAACGAGCGGCUGCUUAUUAUUUUAUGGAACGAUAUGACGAUGCUAGAGAGUGUGUUGCUAUUGACGGUUUAUUGGAUAAGCAAAGCAACGAAGGAGCAUUGUGGGUUUUGGCAAUCAAGGCCAAGUCUACCGACAAGAAUUCAGCCAUUGCAGAAGCCACAGAAGAUUGGGUUCAACCAAAGGUUAUGGACUUUUCUUUGGAAAGACUAUGGCAACUAUACUCGACACCUUCAAUGACCACUUCAGAAGUAGAGAAAGAGUUUGAGCAGUUACCUCCCAACAUUUCUUGCAUCGUUUCUUUCUAUAUGGGUUUAUAUUUUGAUAGCUUUGAGUCGAAUAGUCAACAAAGAGACAAGUGGUGGAAGAAGACUUGUGAUGCGAAGCUGGAAAAGAAACAUUUCUGGCAAUGGAUUGCGGAAAGAAAACUUGCUUAGGAUGUUUUAAAGAUGAAAAUUCGUCUUGUGGUUAUUCGUUUUCUAAUCCCUCAUAAGUCAUUUGUGUGAUGGAUGGAUUGGUAAAUGAAGAAUGCCUUAAACAGACGAAUAAAGAGUGGAUGGAAUGGUUUUUCAUUUUGUGUAUAAUUGUAACCA